CAGAAGGUUAUGGAGAAGAGGCAAAAUGUUCUGCGCCUACAAGCACAACGAGACGAGCUCAAUUCUAGGGUUCGUAUGCUCAGGGAAGAGUUGCAGCAACUCAAUGAACAGGAAAGCUAUGUUGCAGAAGCGAGCAAAAUCCAUCCUGGAGAAAAGUAUGUGGUGGACGUUGACGAAGGAAUUGAUGUUCAAUCUAUUAGCGCCGAUUGUCGCGUUGCUCUUCGGGCCGACAAUUAUGUUCUGCACAAAGUUCUGCCGAAUAAGGUUGAUCCUCUUGUCUCACUGAUGAUGAUUGAGAAGGUGCCAGACGCUACGUAUGAAAUGAUCGGUGGUCUCGAUAAGCAAAUUAAAGAGAUUAAAGAGGUGAUUGAACUUUCUGUGAAGCAUCCUGAGUUGUUUGAAGCCCUCGGCAUCGCCCAACCGAAA